UAAUGACGCAGAAUAUUUUAUUGUCCAUUUCUUAUUCCCCUGUAAUAAAAUAUCUACCCAACAUCACCUAUUGAAUUUGCAAAAGUAGGCUUCAAAGAUAUCAUGGGAGGCUUCUCUUCCCUAGCUCCUUCUGCUCAGAGGUUACAGGGCAAGGUCGCCUUGAUAACUGGCGGUGCUAGUGGCAUCGGCGAGAGCACUGCCAGGCUCUUUGCCAGACACGGCGCAAAGGUUCUGAUAGCAGAUGUCCAAGCUGAGUUGGGUGAUUCAGUAUCCAAACAAAUCAGUUCAGAAUCAGGCCAAGAAGUUUCCUACCUCCAAUGUGAUGUGACCAAGGACCCUGACGUUGAAAACGCAGUUAACACAGCAAUUUCACUCCAUGGAAAGCUAGACAUAAUGUACAACAAUGCGGGAAUAACAGGGAAAUACAAUACAACCAUAUCAUCAUUUGAUGAUGAAGAGUUCAAGAAAGUUUUUGACAUAAAUGUGUAUGGAGGAUUCUUGGGAGCCAAACACGCAGCAAGAGUAAUGAUCCCAGAAAAGAAAGGCUGCAUCUUGUUCACUUCAAGUGUUGCUUCAUUGACUUAUGGUGGAGUCCCACAUCCAUAUUCAGCAUCAAAGCACGCAGUUGUUGGGCUCACAAAGAACUUGGCCGUAGAAUUGGGGCAGUAUGGGAUAAGAGUGAAUUGUAUCUCGCCUGCAGGGGUGCCUACUCCUUUAUCUGCGAAGGCCAUGGGAGGGGUGGAUUUGAAGCAAGUGCAGGAAGCAAUUUUAGCUACAGCAAAUCUGAGAGGAGUAAUGGUAGACUGUAACGAUGUGGCGGAGGCAGCUCUGUAUCUUGGAAGUGAAGAGUCUAGGUUUGUGAGUGGGUUGAAUCUUGUGGUUGAUGGAGGUCACAGCUUGAGAUGUGCAGAUUAUGGAAUCAAUAAGUAAUCUUGAUUUGUAUUUCACGAUCUGAAUGCUUCUGUUGCUUUUGGCUUUACUUAAAUGUCAUCACAAUUCACAAGUGAAUAAAAUGUGAGGUUGUUAUUUCCA